UCAGUUGAGUCGACAUUUAACGUCAAAACUGUAUGUGUUUUCGAUUAUUAUUGAAAUAAUUCUAGUUUUUGUGUUCAGAUAGUAAUUAUAAGUGAUAAUUUAAGUGAACUAUUAUAGUUUAUGUGUUUUAAGUUAAAUAUUUUGUGUAAAUAGUGAUAUUAGUGAGCAAAACGAAUUAUCGUUAUAAUGCCGGUGUGCUAGUGUCGUUGUCUUAUCAGAAAAAUAAUACCAGUUAUAAAAAAUCUCCCGUUAAUAUAGGGAGAAUUUUGUGGGAGUUAUUCUUGAUUUUUUAAUAAUUAUAGUGGUAAAGUUUUGACUAUUUUUGCGUAGAUUAAUAAAAAUAUUUUGAUUAAAUAUGGAGACUCGAGUGCGAUCUAGUAUGAUACAAUUUGUGACUCUUUUGAAGUUUAUGGAACAACAUGGAGAUAUAUCUAGGCUCCGUGGUGGACCGCUCAACAAACGUAAGGCCAAACGUCUGUGGCGAGAGCUUGCCUUGACAUUGAAUGCAGUUGACAAUGUGAGGCAGAAGAGUCCGGAGAAAUGGAAGAAGGUGUGGACCGACUGGAAAUCAAAAACGAAAAGGAAAGCGCAUUACUUGCGGCAGGCUAAGGCUGAUGGUAGACCGACUGGGCAGAUGGUGCUCACACCGCUGGAGAGGAGGAUCCUGGCGGUGCCCUCGCCCUGGGAGGUCAAGCAGGAGGUUGAGGAGGCAGCGGAUGAGGAGGUGCUUGAGGAACAGGAGGAUGAUAGCCCACAAUCAGUAACUGUAAAACAGUCCGAUGGAGAACUGUCGGCUUCCGAAGAUGCAGCAUCAGAUAUGGACCAAACAGAAUCACCAGUAGAUAUAAAACCAACCAUACACAGCCAAUCAUCAAAUAAAUCAACAAGAACCACAUACAAAAUGAGAUCCAAUCUAAAAUCAGAUCCAUUUCAAAAAUCAGAUCCAUUUAAAAAAUCGCCUGAAAAUUCGAACACUGGUCUAGAAAGAGUAAUGGAUCAGCUAGCUUCUAUUGAGUUGAGGCGUUUGGAAGCAGAAGAGAAGAGAGAUAGAUUACAACAUGAGAGGGAGAUUAGAUGGAUCGAAGUGGAGAGUGAGAGGAAUGAGUUAUUAAGAUCCUUAGUGAACAUCGCGAGAUCCUGGCUUGAUUUUCAAACGGAUCCCUUGAAUAAUAGGAACUCUCCUCAAGAAAAAUGAUGGCGUAAUAUGACUUUAACCCGUCGUAUGCUGAAGAACUGGGGACAUUAGUCUGCUAUUACA